AUGGAUGAACCAUUACUUGAGCAGGACAUAGAGCUAAAAUCCCUGCUCGGCGGCCCCCUCUGCGGAGGGCGGGCGGCGCGCGUGCAGGCGGAGGGCGGACGCGCGGAGGGCGGGCGGCGCGUGUGCAGGCGGAGGGCGGCGAUAAAAGCAAAAACUCUGACGAAUCAUAAUACCGGUUAUCUAGAAGUAGCACAUGUUCAGUACUACGAUGCAGAUUUGAAAAGCUUUCCAGUAGUUAAUACCGACCAAGGUUAUGGGCAUCACUGGCCAAGUUGCAAGAAGGGCAACCCAGAGGAUAUUGCAGCUCUGCUGGCUGUGAGAGGACCACCAAAGAAGAAGAGAAAGACUACCAAGGCAUCAACUGAGGAAAGCAUAGUACUUUUUAUGGUGAAGCACCAGCAUCCUCUAUGACUUUUCCACCAAG